AUCCGGUUUCAGUUUACUAGGACUGUCUGCCUAUGAACAGAUACGGUUCUUCCAGUUCAAUAAAAAAGUGCCCUCACCAGUCCGGUCCUGACUACAUUGCUUUUCAGGCCAUUCGAAAUUGUAAUGUGAAAACCCAAAACAAACGUUUCACUGAGGUUUGUAGCAGAAGGGGAAGAGGGAGAAAAUAAUGACGUCUCUGUCAAAAUGGAGGAAAUUCCAAUCUCUCAUGCCUGCUUUGAAGAAUGACACACUCAGGCAGCUGCACAGCGGCCCCGACACAGUGGAGGAGCUCCUCGACCGGCAUCUCGUCAAGAAAGAGACGAAUAAAGGCGGCGGGAAUGGCGAAGAGGAGGAAGCGGUCCUGAGACAGAGGCUCACGAGCAGUAGAAGAGAGGCUCUGAGCCUCUACAGGGACAUAAUUAGGGCGACAAGGUUCUUCUUGUGGCCUGAUCAGAGAGGGGUGCUCUGGCGCGACGUGCUGAGGGAGAAUGCUCGUCGCGAGUUCGAGGAGGCGAGGUUUGAGAGGGAUCCGGAGGUGAUUACACGGCUUCUUAUCAGGGGAAGGGACUCCGUGCAUAAUGCCCUUGAGAAGCUCGCCGAGAAGCACAGGGUGAUGCUUGACAAGGAUCGGGACCAGCAAAGGAGGUAACUUGCUGCAUUCCGUUGCAAGUGAUGACUUGUGCAGGAUCAUGUGGAUAAUGAUGACUUCAAAUUGUAUACAAGGAUGUGUAUGGUAUACCACUAUACCUAGAAUCGGAAUGCCUUAGGCGCCUUUUGUGUGAUGCAUGCAAAUCUCACCAGGGCUUUGCAGAGAUCGUUAUUAUGUAACAUUUCAAUGGAGUUUGUAAAGUUCCAGCUGUUACAAUAUUCUUUAGCUUAUAUAUAUCUCUUAACAAAUAUUACAUUUUUCAUUUUUUUUGAAGAAAUUAACUUUUUGUGUUAAGUAAAAGAGAUGCACAGAUUGCUAUUGGAAUUUGGUAUGCAUAACUGUGUUGGGUAUAGAAGGUUUGUACAAAAAAUGGGUAAAAGGUGAAACAAUCUAUAGGUCUUAAGGCCUAUGGAUUGCGAGCUUUGUGCCUGAAGCACUGUCUUUCAUGAAGGAGCAGACAUUUGUGUUUGCUUCUCUCCACAAUUGUCUAGAAUGCUGCGUAACUUGAAAAUUUCUUCAAAAAUGGCUUCCAGUCUCCAAGGGAAGGGGGGCAGAUUUGUUUGUUCAGUUAAUCACAUUCGUAGAAUACUCUUCAACUAACACACAGCAAGGCCUGGGCUUCAGCAAUGGUGGUGUUGGUGACCCCGAUUGGACAGUCUAGGCCGAACAGUUUCUGAAAGUAUCCCCAAUCUCAGCUAGACUGCAGGUUGCCAGAAGCGCAGCCGUUGAAGUUGAGUUUUUCACACCUGGGGUAGGAGGGAUCCAAUGAGUGGCCUUGAGAUUGUCAUCAGCUUAGUCCAUAGGAGUUUUUCUCAUUGCAGUUUGAAGCCUGUUUUGGAGUAUGCACCAAGCUCUUGCUGGUGUGAGCCCACAAAAUAAUGCUGGCUUUAACACAAACUUUGAUCAUGUUAGUCUGGGGUUCUUAACUUUUGAAAAGUGCAUGUUGUGCCCUAGCCAAAUGGUCCAGACUACAAAUAGGAGAGACCCCCACCACAUUUGCAGGCCAAAAGUUGAGAAAGGGGGUGAGAAGUGGGAGGAGAAAAGGUGUUGUACAGUUUUGGGUGUUACUUAGCCCAACCGAAGUUCUCUGCACUUCACAAUGAAUGAAAUGAUGGUCUCUUGUUUCCUCACUGUCCUUACACAUGAUGCAUCUGCUGGGAAGGUAGAUUGGUCUCCAAAUUUGUCAUUUGUGAGGGCUUUUCUGGAUAUGACAAUCCAAUUAAAAGCGUCAACUUUAGGUGGGCAGGGAGAAACCAGGUUCUAGAUCCAAGUGCCAGGUUCAAGUUGAGGUUCAGGUCCGCAUAGGAGGAUACAAAGACACCUGUUGAGGAAGGGUGCCAUACAAUUUUUUCUCUUCCAGAUUGGUGGAUGAAGUGGGGCUUAAGGCAUUCCAGCAAGACAACAAGAUCCAAAAACAUCGUUAUUGAUGUUUCUCCUAAACCUCGGUAACUAGAUAAUGCUACCAUCAGGCGACUCGUAUGUCUGGGAGAUGGGAACUCCUUGAUCUGAUGCUAAGAUGAGGACGUUUUGGAAGUCAACCAACCUCCAGGGAUCUCUCACUGCACCAAGUAUCCUUCUAGAACCUGCUGCUUCUCCCUGUUUUGCUGGUGGAUUUGACAUGGCGUAUCACCAAAUGUCCAAAUCUAACAUAGCCCUGCUCUUUUAGCUUUACACGCAGUGUCCUACAUUGCUAGAUAAAACUUAUGUGAGUCUCUAGCACCAACCCACAUGAAGUCCCACUUUCGACAUCAUAAAAUGCUCACAAUAGCCGCUAGCAUUCAAAAGAGGGAUAGGUGAUAGAUCAAGAUAUUUGAGAACGUAGAGGAGUCUACCUUUCCAGGCUGCUAGUCUGUGAUCGAACCUCAAGACAACUCCAUCCCUUCAAGCCUUUCUAGCUACAUCCAGGUAGAGAGGUAGGUCCAGGUUUUUGUUGAGAAGGGAGUCUGUGUUGCACCCCAAUCUUCUGGGCAAUGCCAAAGCGAUGCCUGGGAGGGACACAUACAGCUAUCAGCUUGGUUGUGGACGUGCUGAUUUUUAAACUGGUUGAGAUCUCAAAGCACAUGAGAAAUAAACAAAGGUUAUCCAUUCGCACAGGGUUGGUGCGCAUAGGACUAAAGUUUAUCUACAUAUUGCAUCAGGGAGUUUGCAGGUUUCCUCCUGGAAGAGGAGAAGCCUUGUAACUGAUUUGUAGUCCAUUUAAUUAAAUGGAUGGUUUAGAGGGAUGCUGAUAUAGACAUAAAGAGGAAUGUUCAUUUUUUAAAUCCGAACCAAUGAUGUAGAUAGGAUUAGGUUUUAUAUAUAUUUUUUGUUCAUUGGGUUUGGGUAGUUGAAAGAUGCAUUCAAUCACAGAAUGGAUGAACAAUUGAGAUGGGUGUUAUGAAACAAUUGCUUUGAAAGUCUGGUGUUUUACAACCCUCUAUCUUACAUGGUUUGUAGUCAAGCCUUUGUAAAGGGUAAUUAGCUAGUUCAAUUGUGUUCUACCCUGUUACCUUGUGAUAAUGUUAAAUCUCAUGUGUGGUUGUGGUAACUUUUCACUUUCUAUGGAGGCGUAUUGGUUCUUAAUCCUCAAUAACCUUAUGACUUUGUUUUUAUUUUAAGACUUAUCGUUCUAUUAUAAUUCAUUCUUGGUCAUGAUUAAAAUGUAACCAGUGGUUGCAUGUGAGGAUAGGGAUGUUUGUACUGCAAGGAACUGAAUAUGAAGUUCUUUUAGAACUGAAUAUGAAGUUCUUUUCUCAUUCUGUUUUUCUGUUUUGUUUUUUGUUUUUGUCAUUAUCGUUUGUUAGAAACUCGGUCUGGUCCCAUGGUCGAUAUGUUUGCUUGCUAAUCCUCCAAUAAUGGCAUGGUUCAAUGGGUAUGCUACAAUCUACUCAAAUUUUGGUCUAGUGCCACGAGAAGUCCUAGUAUUUGUUCUAUUUGGACCGCACACAGAAGGUUUCAUACUUUCAUCUGCAUCUGAAAGGUCGAUCAAAUAGUAUCCCUAAAUGAAAGUUGCCAUGUUUUUAAUACAUUUUUCUUAAUCUAACUGAUAAUAUCUAGAUUUGUUCGACUUCAUAUUUACUUGACAGUAAUGGAACCAUUUAAUUUUCUCUGUUACACUACAUCAGGUUUCAUUUGGCAGUGGGGUGCAAUGGAUCCCAAUAUUGAUGUUAUAUUGAUUCUAUCCUGCACAUAAUCAUCUUCCAUCCUUAGAGACCCAAAUUUCCAAGUUUCUUCAAGAAAUUUGUGUUCGGUCAACAAGAGUCAAUGGCCUAUUCUUUUCUCCAAUUUGAAAAUCACAAUCGGAUAAGGAAUUUGCCCAAUCCGGACCAGGAAUUGGUCGAGACCGAACCUGUUUUGGGAAGGGCUUGGUUCCGGCCUGGUCUCGCCUUAAAAAUCCCCCUUUAUAUCUUUUUUCCUUUUUUAAACUUUUUUAAUGUUUCCUUUGGUAUAUUAGUAAAUCAUAACUUGUAAACCUCUCUUUUAAUUUUUUUAAUUUUUUAUUUUUUUAUUUUUGGAUUGCCGAUUUGAAUGGAUCUGGAUUGGCAAUCUGGCGAUCCGACACAGAAUUGGUGGGUGGACGAUCCACCCUACCGAUCCUUUUUUUAAAAAAACACUGCCACUUUCUAUCAGGCAUUGAGCUAGGAUUCAAAUCAUGAAUGGAAAAUGGUUUGAUAGGGGUGCAGCCCUAUCAAAAUAAGUAAAACCGCACCUCAUAACUCAUCGAAAUUGCAA